AUGAGGCGGCGGGGGGAGCGGGCGCCCAGGGAGAAGGUGGCGGCAGCAGCGGUCGCGGAGGAGGAGAUGAAGAGCACGGAGAGGAAGGCCGAGCAGGGCGCAGAGGAGUACCAGUGCACCGGCCUCCUGGAGCAGGACUUUCCCGAGCUCUGUGCCCGGGUUGGCAUCGCCAGCGUCCCCAAAGUCACCCUCCGGCCCUCCCCGAGCUUCCCUGCGGAUGAGGAGCCCGCUGAGCCGACGCUGGCAGAGGUCCUCGCCCGCAUCCAGCACAAGUACAGCUACUUCCAGCCCUGCAUCCAGGUGGAGAGGGAGCACGAGGACCCCCGGAGCGCCCGCGCCGUCUUCCUGCGAGGCUGGAAGAUCGAGGAGGACAUGCUGGGGGUCCUGAGCCAGUGCCUGCCUGCCUUGGCCGGCCUGCAGGCAGUGCACCUCUGGAAAGUCGGGCUGACGGAGCGGCUGCUCCCGGCGCUGGCGGCGCUGCUGGCACGCUGCCCCCGCCUGCGGACGCUCAGCCUGGAGGGGAACCCCUUGCCCGAGCCCGCCUUCCACACACUGAUGGGGAGCGACAGCACGCUGGCCCACCUCUCGCUGCGCAACAACAGCAUCGGGGACGCGGCCGCCCGGCUCAUCGGGCAGAGCCUGUCCACCCUGAGCUCCUCCAACCGCAGCCUGGUCUCGCUCGUCCUCAGCUUCAACCGCAUCUCGGAUCUGGGAGCCGGCUACAUCGCCAAGGGCUUGCGCUUGAACCGCUCCCUGCUCUCCCUAUCCCUGGCGAACAACGACAUCGGCGAUGCGGGGGCCAUCAGGCUGGCCGAGGUCCUGGGGCCGUUUGCGCUGACGCACGCCGAAGUGGUGGAGCGGAGGCGGCUGCUCUUGGUGGAGGCGCUGGGACGGUCCCGCAUGACCCCAAAAGAGACCGAGGGCCAGAGCGAGCAUCCCUUCAGCCUGCGCGGCACCGCGGCCCCCGACAAGCUGCCCCCGGCCAAGCACGGCAAAACCCCCGCCAAGAAGAAGGAGCCGCUGCGGAAGGAGGAGGCCAGGCACCCCAAGAAGCCGCCGGAGCUGAGAGCCACCCGCGGCAGAGAUGUGAAACCGAGCGGCCAGGAGAAGCCGAGCCCGGAGGUGCCGGAUCCGGCCGAGCCGCCACAUCCGCUGCUGGAGGAGGCCAGGCAGCACCAGGGCAGCGUCGUCCUGCCGGGAAACCGGGCGCUCCUCAACCUCAACCUGAGCUACAACCGCGUCACCGAGCGGGGCCUCGGCGCUUUCCUGGCGGCACUGGAAGGGCAGCAGCAGGAGAAGAAACCGAAGGUGCCGGGGCAGCAGGGGCUGCUGUGCCUCUCCCUGGAGAAAAACCGCAUCCUUCCCACCAGCCCGGCCUUCGCACGGCUCCAGGAGCUGCUGCCGCCGCAAGACCCCCUCCCCAAAGCCCAGGGCCAAGAGGAGGCGCAGGAAUUGGGCGCCUAACCGGCCCCCGAGGAGCCGCCCGGCCGGCCGUGGGCGAAGGAGAGCUCGCUUCUUGCCUUUUCUUCCCCCCCCAAAAAAAAAAAUAGAUAGAAAUCAAAACCUUUACCAUGGAAAGGAAAAAAAUAAACCAGAUGAUACAGCAUCGAACAGCAA